GUGUCUACUUGUUUCCAAAGUUCAAACUCAAGAAAUUCCAAGUGCAAUACUUGGCUAACGGUUAAUGAUUUCAACACGUACAUUCAAAUGGAUCUAUGCGGGUCUAUGGAUAUUACGGACAUGCUUCGCACUUUUCGGAACUGGGUACAUUCAUCCAGAUGAGCAUAUGCAAAACGGAGAGGUGACCUCAGGCGAUCUCCUGGCAUACCAUACCGUCCGUACUUGGGAAUGGUCCACUGCUUGUCCUGUCCGCUCCAUAGUCCCAGCAUUUGCGACAACUGGAAUCCCCGUAUGGUUUGCUGAGUUCUUAAGCAAGAAAUACUUGACAUGGGGAGUGCAGCCAGUGUUGCUUUUUCGAUUAGAACGGUUCGCCUUCUUGGUCAUAUCUGGGCUGAUCGAUUACAGCUUGACGAGUUUGGUACCUCGGCCGAGGAAUCGACUCCUAGGUCUUCUGCUUCUGGCAUCGUCUCAUGUUAUGAACACGUUUCAGGUUCGACCCUUCUCGAAUUCUAUCGAGGCAGUUCUUGUUGGUUUGAGUCUUGCGCUCUUGCGUAAGAUAAACUCAGUUAAAGCGCUGGAUAAGCGAUAUUAUCUCCACUUACUAGCCAUAACCUUCGUGACUGGUAUAUUCACUCGCCCAACCUUCUUGAUAUUCGGAGCGCCCAUCGCAUAUCAGGUCGCACUUGGAACGUUUACACGUGCUGGAACUGCAGCCAGGUGGCUGCGGCUUGUUGUGCCCCCGUUAUCCACUUCAGCAGCUGCAUGUACCGCAUUCCUGGUGGCGGAUACCCUCUAUUUUCGAGGCGCCCUUGACGAUCUCGUGGUGACACCUUUCAAUUUCCUCAAGUAUAAUUUUUCGUCCCAUAAUCUGGCAGGGCAUGGACUCCAUCCACGUUGGCUGCAUGUUUUUGUGAACCUUCCUAUGUUGUUCGGCCCCUGGGUCCUUUGGCUAGGGGUGCGCGCAAUCGUAGACUGUGCCAUUUCGUUCAACGAAAAAAAUGACAAAUCAUUUGAAGUCAAUGUUCUUUGUCCGACAAUCAUACAAAUGAUUAUUUUGUCAUUGACUGUCCUGUCUGUGCAACCUCAUCAAGAACCUCGCUUCUUGGUGCCUCUUUUGCUGCCUAUCAUUGUUUUGAUAGCAAACACCGGACGAUUGGCCCAUGUUGGCAAGGCGUUCUGGGUAUCUUGCUCCAUCUUCAACCUCGUGCUCGCGGUUCUAUUUGGAGUUUUGCAUCAAGGAGGCGUAGUGCCCUCCCUAUUCCACCUCCACUCCGUGGUUGCUAAUGCUUCCCUUGGUACACGGACAAACAUAGUCUACUGGAAGACGUACAUGCCCCCGCCCCACUUCCUUGGCGUUAGAGAACAAGAUAUCUCAUCUGGCAUGAUUUCUUUCGUUGAUCUCGCUGGGGCGUCCCAACAUGAUUUUACUGUGUCCCUCAGUGCUGGUGGCUACGACAGAACAUUCAUUGUGACCCCCGUGGCCAUGCAACACACACUACCCCCUGCAAUUACGGACUGUAUGGAGCUAGACAAGUCCAUUUUUCCGCACCUCGAUCUUGACCACAUUUCGGAGAGCGUGGAUACAGGCUUGCUUGAUGGCCUUCGUUUAGGAGUGUAUAUUUUGUCGCCUGCCUGUGAUUUUGUUUGAACUACUGAUGCUUUAGCGAAUUCAUGGAGCGGU